GGGGGGAAUGAAGAAAAAGGAAUGGAUAAUUGAAUUAGUUGCCACCAGCUAAGCCCUCCGACAUCGACUUAACAACAACUACUGCUUCCUCCUGCUACUGACCAUAUAUACACGCACACACACCCUUUACAAUCCCAUCACCCCACUCCCCCCUACUAUCUCUUUCUCUCUCUCCCUGAAUCAAUAAUAUGAAUUUGGAAUACGGCCGGCUUGGCAAGUACCAGCCCGGAAGAAACCGACCCGAUACUCCAUUAAAGCCUCAACUUUACCCCGCCCCAACUACCAAUGCCAAUUCCAAAAUAAAGCUUCUCUUAAUCUUUGCUCUUGCUCUCAUUGUGGUCUCGCUACUGUCGGUGGGCCUCGUGGUGCAUCUCCGAACCAAGUCCCCUCAAGGAGGAUCUAGGCCCAUCAUCCAUCCCCGGCCCACUGAGGCCAUGUCACGAGUCUGCGCCCGGACUCGUUACCAGAAUCUGUGUUUGAACUCGCUGCUAGAUUUUCCGGGAUCAUCGGGCGCGUCGGACAAAGACAUGAUCCACAUUUCGGUGAACAUGACGCUGCAGCGGGUGGGAAGGGCGUUAUACACAUCGGCUGAGAUUAGCAACCUCCAGAUGAAUACACGUGUACGCUCCGCAUACGAGGACUGCCUUGAGCUUCUAGAGGAUUCUGUCGACCAGCUUAAACGCUCGCUUUUCUCCGUAGUGGGGAAAAAGGGAGGGUCUAGUCAGGAUGUGAUGACGUGGCUGAGCGCCGCGCUCACCAAUCAGGACACGUGUACGGAUGGGUUGUCGGAGGUGGAGAACGGGUACGUGAAGCAGCAGAUGGAGGGGAAACUGCAGGACUUGUCGAAGCUGGUGAGUAACUGUUUGGCGAUAUACGCGGCGGCGAGCGACGGUGAUGAUUUCAACGGAGUGCCGAUACAGCACCGACGGAGGAGGUUAAUGUCGUACCAGCCGGAGUGGUUAAAGCGGAAAGAGAGAAGGUUGCUGCAGGCGCCAAUCGGUGAAAUUCAAGCAGAUAUAGUGGUGUCGCAGGAUGGCAAUGGGACGUGUAAGACCAUCGCGGAGGCCAUAAAGAAGGCGCCUGAGUAUAGUAACCGCCGGACCAUCAUCUACGUAAGGGCAGGAAGGUACGAAGAAGCAAAUCUGAAGGUGGGAAGGAAGAAGUGGAAUCUGAUGUUCAUAGGGGAUGGGAAGGGCAAAACGGUGAUUACCGGAGGAGUAAAUGUAGUGGUUAACAACGUCACAACUUUCCACACCGCCUCUUUCGCUGCGACGGGUUCUGGUUUCAUCGCAAGGGAUAUGACAUUCGAGAACUACGCGGGGCCUGCCAAACACCAAGCUGUGGCUCUGAGAGUUGGUGCGGACAAGGCGGUCGUCUACCGCUGCAACGUCAUCGGAUAUCAAGACACGUUAUACGUCCACUCCCAACGCCAGUUCUUCCGUGAAUGUGAUAUUUACGGCACAGUCGAUUUCAUCUUUGGCAAUGCUGCCGUGGUAUUCCAAAACUGCAGCAUGUAUGCAAGAAAACCAAUGCCACUCCAAAAGGUAACCAUUACCGCUCAAAACCGGAAAGACCCAAAUCAAAACACCGGGAUCUCGAUCCACGCUUGUCGCCUCCUAGCCCAACCUGAUAUGGAGGCGGCCAAGUCGAAUUUUUCAACAUAUCUUGGGCGCCCAUGGAAGCUUUACUCCCGGACCGUCUACAUGCAAACUUACAUGGGUGACCACAUUCACCCUAGGGGUUGGCUAGAGUGGAAUGCAACGUUUGCACUCGACACAUUGUACUACGGUGAGUAUAUGAACUAUGGCCCAGGUGGGGCCAUCGGUCAACGUGUCAAGUGGCCCGGUUAUCGGGUCAUUACUGCAGCCGUAGAGGCCAGCCGCUUCACCGUGGCCCAGUUUAUAUAUGGAUCAUCAUGGUUACCUUCUACAGGAGUUGCGUUUCUAGCGGGGCUAUCUCAAUAACUUUUUACUGACAUUAAUUUGUGGAUUGGAUUUAUAUUUAUAGGUGGUAAAAUAAACAAAAACAUGUAAAACCCAUGUUAGCACCUGCGUACCACAGUAUAGUAUCAUAUUUUGUAUUAUAAUCAAUCAAUAUUCAUGUGUACGUUGAUGAUUUAAUAUUUUCAUCGGGUCAACAUUCUAAUAAAUAGUUGCUAGAUUUGUCAAA